UAACAUGUGGUUCAGCAAUAAAACUAACGCACAGUUCAUCGAAUUUUAAAUUACAUUCAGAAAAAAAAGUAGUUUAUGGAACCGGAUCUGGUCAACAAGGUGUAACAGGGUUGCCAUUGCCAGAUGAUCCUGAGUCACUGUGGAUUGUGAAAGCUGCAAAUGGAGAUAUUUGUCAUAGAGGAAAAGCAAUUCUAUGCGAUUCAAUUAUUAGAUUACAACAUGCCGGCACAAAUAAAUUUUUACAUAGUCAUCAACACCGUUCACCUUUAUCAAAUCAACAAGAAAUUAGUGCUUUUGAUGGUUUAGAUUCUGGUGAUAAUUGGAAGAUAAUUUGUACAAACAAAUCAUCAACACAUUGGAAUCGAGAAGAAAAAAUUUAUUUACAACAUGUUGAAACAGGCCGAUAUUUAUCAGCAAAUCGUGAUCACACCUAUAGCAACCCCAUUCACGGACAUAUUGAAGUUGUGGGCAGUUCAAGGAAUGAUAAAAAUUCUGAAUGGAUCAGUCAAGAGGGUAUUUAUUUUGCUGUUAUAGAUUAG